AUGCUACGCCACGUACAGUUCUCGUUGAAUGCCAACGAAACGCAAAGCACCACAAGAGAGCUGAAGAGCUCAUCUCGUGAUCUUGGUCCCACGUUGACGACUCGCCAUGUUUCUCACGACACUCUGCUCGGUGUUCUAAAAGGCCAGAACUCUGAUAAAUUCCUCUGCGACCUUGGAAUUCGCCUCUCCCCGGCUGCAGCCAACGUUCCGCCCCUCCAGCUCCCCAAUCACGAAACACUGAAAAUGCAUGAGCGUUUUGCAUGUCCGAUCGGUACGGAUGAGCAUCCGGGUGUCUUCUUCUCUGCUGCGGCAGCGAAGAAUAUCCGCGGUCUCAAGGAUGAUGCAGGGCAAGAGGACGUGUGCUAA